CUGUGAUCGUUACAGAAAUGCUGGCGUAAGCUCUUCGGAAGACAAUGGGAAAAAAAUGGACAUACUGUGCUGUCUACUCCAUCAUCCAGAUACAGUUUGUCAGGGGAAUAUGGGAAGGAAUAGCCAAUGCAAGAGAAGACAUUUAUGCUGUACCUGGUUCUGAUGUCAACCUGACUUGCCAAACACAAACAAAAUCCUUCUUGGUGCAGAUGCAAUGGUCCAAGAUCACUGAUAAGGUGGACCUCAUUGCCCUUUAUCAUCCCCAAUUUGGCUUCCACUGUGGCCACAGGAGUCCCUGUGAAUCAGUGGUGGCUUCUAUAGGAACUUCUGGGAAUGUAACAAAAUGGACUCUACACUUAAGGAAUAUAUCUUCCUUACUCAGUGGAAAGUAUGAAUGUAGCUUUACUCUGUAUCCAGAAGGCUUUCAGACUAAAAUCUACAACCUUCUCCUGCAGACAUCUGUUACACAGGAGGAAUGGAGAAGCAACUAUACAAUAGAAAUAGAGAUAAAUCAGACCCUGGAAAUACCAUGCAUUCAAAAUAUCUCCUCAGAAAUUUCAUCCAAGUUCACCUUUGCAUGGUUGGUGGAGGAUAAUGGAACUCAGGAAGCUCUUAUCACCAAAGAUCACAUCAGCAGUUCCACACCAUUUAAAGACAGAGUCAAGCUAGAUGUAGACGGUAGACUCCACCUCUCUCCGGUCCACAUCCAUGAUGACGGCAAGAAGUUCUCUUGCCGCCUUACAGUCAGGACUGACAAAAUCUUGAGGAGCUCCACCACAGUUAAGGUUUUUGGUAAGGGUUUUUGCUCUAUGGAUUCCCUGACAUACUCCUGUCAAUGUCUCCUGCUUUGGUCUUCUCUGAAGAGAAAGCCCCUUACUAUGCUGGCAAGCACUCACACUAGG